CGUAGUGAUUAAAUGUGUAGUUUUCAAAAUGUACGCGAAAUCUGUUAUAAUAUUGCUAUUCAUAAGUGUUAUUUAUGCCAAAUUAGAAUUAGAGUCCCUUCCGGAUAAAACUAAAGAUUAUAUUGUUAAUCUACGUGAUACAUGCACUGAUGAAUCUGGAGUUGAAUCUGCACUAAUAGAUGCAGCCAAACAGGGUCAAAUCAGUGAUGACGAAAAUUUGAAGUGUUAUGCUAAAUGUGUUUUGACCGAAAGUUCCCUUAUGGAUGAUAAGGGACAAAUAAAUACAACAGUUUUGGACGACCUUCUUCCGGAAGAUGUGAGAAUGAAUGUAAAAGCAACUUUAGAAUCAUGUGGAUUAUUGGCAGAUCAAGAUGAUUUAUGUGAAAGAGCUCACAAUAUAUCUAAAUGUUCCUUUAGAGAGCAACUUGUAUACAUUUAAAACGAUAAUCCACAUUAUCAUAAUUAGUAUAUUAAAGUAGUGAUGCAUUAAACAA